AUGGAAUUAAUCGCUCCAUCCGAGCCCAAGCUUAAGCGCUCUCCAUACUAUCCUUCAUCCACAGUGAUGACAAGAUCUGGGUCGAACACCCACAACUCGCAUGGUUCACGCCACACACGCGACCUCUCCCUCGCCAACCUCCCCAACGGGGCCACGACAAGCCGACAAACCGUGCCCGUGGUGGCAGGAGGAGACCUUCGAGAUCAGAUCAAGGGGAGUCGGCGGGGGGCGGCAGAGGACCUCUGGGGUCGGCUCACCAACAAUCGCUCGCUCAGCGGGACAACGCCACCCGCCCCACCACCGGUCCCAACUCCCCAAGAGAAGGCCGCCGCACUCGAGCAGGCGGCGACCGCGCUCAACCGCGUCGCGGCAGGGCUGCGACGGGGUGCCCCAACACCUCAACCUCCACCCUCUCCAAGGGAGCACGAGGGUCCCAGCACUCUAGCGCCUCGCGCGCCCGCGACACCGGCCGAUGGGGAAGUCAACUCACCAAGGCCAUCCGAGAGACGAGACGAGGCGGAGGCCAGCCGAGGCCGGCACGAGCAACGGGAAGAGAGAGGGACUCGGCCGACCCGGGCCACAUCCGCGCUCGGGCGGUUGAGCCCGCAUGUGCCGGUGCAAGACCGACUAGGGCCGAGGCCGGCCGCAGAUGCCAGGCCGGCAGAGUCGUCGUGUUCACGGAGGUCCCGGAGCCGUGAACCUCGUGCUCCAGGGCCACGGGAACCGAUCCCACCAGUGGAGCGCUCGGGGGAGACGCGAGGUCGACCUCUAAGCUCCCAGCGUGAUGAGAUGGAGCAACUGCGCAGGCAGAUGCGUGAGUUGCAGCGCAAGAUGGAGGCACGCGACGAGUCACCGGAGCCUCGGGACGCUUUGGCCACACCUUUCACGAAAGAAGUCAUGGCCGAGCCCCUGCCUUGGGACUUCAGAUUCCCGGCCGUCAAACCCUACACGGGAGCAACGGACCCGCAGGAUCACCUCAACAGGUACAAGGCGGUCAUGAUGAUGACAGGCGUCAACGACACCAUCAUGUGCCGCGGCUUCUGCACAACUUUGGAUGGCCAGGCCCAAGACUAG